AUGAACAGCCCUCAGAGGAUCGAAAAACCCUCGGCCCAGUUCUUCAUUUACUUUACUUUCAUGAUCCUAUUCAGUGGUCAGACGUAUCCUUUUCCCGGCUUUAGUGGGGCCGAUCGAGGCUCCAACUCGCUAACCCGGCGCUUGUACCGUGCCGGCGCACUGACAUUAAAAGUAUUGCCGCCUGGAGCUGCUCAGGCUUCAAGAGGUGAAUUUAUGGUUUCCAAGCUAGAACAAGGCCAAAACUCACCGGCAAAAUGUAUUGAAACACGAGCUUUUGACUAUAGCAAACUGUCGUGGCUAACCAUCUGCAGAGCCCUACCUACUGAAGGUAAACAGGAACUAUAUAUCAGCGCGAUUACCGAUAAUUUGCACAUAAGCUGCGUGAAAGAAACCAAUCCUCUCGGGGCACGGUUACACGGGCGGAAGGGGCAUCUCGAACAUGUUUUCCCACUUCUUCUGGAAUCGGCUUUGAUGUUUCAGCAUCAUAUUGUAUGCUGGGUGUGGACAUAUAGAUUUGUCGUUGGGCAUGGAUUGACCGUCCUUUGUGGGAAACAAGCUGGUGAAAUGAUCGUUUCCUUUGUAAAUCGCAAAACCAACUCCCACCCUCAUUACCAAUGCCAAAUCCAAGUCCAGGGGAGUGUAAAAUCUCACCCCCGCUUUGGCGUCCAAUCCCCAAUACUACAUCUGGACAACCAUCUUGAUCAGUGGGGAGAAGGGGUAGCGAGUAGAUUAGAUUUAGGCGGAUGCAUUGGGUUUGGGGUUGGAAUUGGGGCUGGAAUUGAGACAGGGCAGAUUGCGGAGCGGGCCGUUAGGAGGACGCGGGGGAAGAGGGCUAUGCGGGCCUCGGCGAAUGUUUGUGUUAAGUAA